AAUUAUUAUCCUGUUUUUUCCCACACUUGAGGCUUUCAGCCUUUCCCUCUAAUUUCCAUCCUUCUCCACAAGUUCACUACUCUCCAAAAACAUUUUCCUCUUUCCUUCAUAAUCCUUCAAUUGAUUAAUGGGCACAAACGAUUGCUGUUCAUUUAAGGUUUGCUUUACUGUAUUUCUUUCAUUGAAGCUUUGAUUGUUAUUGGGCAUUUUUUGUUUGUGGUUUAUCUUGUUUGUACCCAAUACCCAUCUACUUCUUUUUUGGAUUAGAAUUCAUGUUUGCUUGUACAUUUUGAUGUUACUUUAUAAGGCAAGCAACCCAUUUGCAGUUUUCAAAUGGUUGUGAAUUCUGCAUGUUUAAUCACUGAUUUCCCCCAUUUUUUCCCGAGUUCCCCAUGUAAAUUCAACAAAGUUGGGACUACUAGAAUAGUUAAUGUAAAUGGAAAUUGGGUUUGUAGUUUUUACUUGUUAGGGUUUCAUAGUAGUAAGAAAAUAUGGUGUAUUGGGGACAAAUUGCACAAGAAUUUGAGACAGAAUUGGUGUUUUCAUGCUUGUGCUAUUUCUAGUGAUGGUGGUGGUACUAAUUUUAAUGUAGAGGUAUCUAAUCAUGGUAGGAGCUGGAUUUCGAAUAAAUUUGUGAGUGAUGAUGCUAAUAGGGACUUGUCACAAGAAUCUAUUCAAUUGGGGUCUAGUUUUACCAAUUUUCAGCAAGACCCAUUGGUGAAUAAGCUUAGGACACAACUCGGACCGAUUCAUCCUAUCCCUUCACCUCCGAUAAACCAAACCGUUUUUGCCCUGUUUGUGUUCUUCUUCUUUGUUGGUGUAGUUUUUGACAAGGUAUGGUCACGUUUGAAGAGGAAAAAGUCCAAUGCUCAGCUUGCUUUGAGGCGGCAAACACCCCCUACGUUUUCGAUGUUUUUAGAGAAGGAUUUGCAGAGAAAAGAGUCUGUUGAAUGGGUGAAUAUGGUGCUAGGAAAGUUGUGGAAAGUUUAUAGGCCUGGUCUAGAAAAUUGGAUUGUUGGGUUACUUCAACCUGUAAUUGACAAUAUAGAAAAACCCGAUUAUGUACAAAGAGUGGAGGUAAAGCAGUUUUCCUUAGGGGAUGAGCCUCUGUCAGUAAGAAGCGUGGAACGCAGAACUUCUCGUCGUGUGAAUGAUUUGCAGUACCAGAUAGGUCUUCGUUACACUGGUGGGGCUCGUAUGCUCUUAAUGCUCUCACUGAAAUUUGGUAUAAUUCCCAUAGUUGUUCCAGUUGGUGUUCGAGAUUUUGAUAUUGAUGGGGAGCUUUGGGUUAAACUACGUCUAAUACCCACAGAACCCUGGAUUGGAGCUGUUUCAUGGGCUUUUGUCGACCUUCCAAAAAUAGUGUUUGAACUAUCACCAUUUCGCUUGUUCAAUUUAAUGGCUAUACCUGUUCUUUCCACGUUCUUAAUAAAACUAUUGACUGAAGAUUUACCAAGACUCUUCGUACGGCCUAAGAAAAUUGUUCUAGAUUUUCAGAAAGGGGAAGCAGUUGGGCCCGUGCCUGAUCUUUUUAAAUCUGCAGAUGUUCAAGAGAAAAAUAAAGAUUCUGUUGGAGAGUUGUCUGUGACUCUUAUUGAUGCUCGUAAUCUUUCAUAUGCUCUAUAUGGUAAGACGGAUCCAUAUGUUGUUUUACGUCUUGGAGAUCAAAAAAUUCAAAGUAAGAAGAAUAGUCAAACCACUAUCAUUGGACCGCCGGGUGAACCAAUCUGGAAUCAGGACUUCCAUAUGCUUGUUGCAGAUCCUCAAAAAGAAAUAUUGUACAUUGAAGUUAUAGACUCUCUUGGCUUUGCAAAUAUGACAAUUGGUACCGGGGAGAUUGAUUUAGCGACUCUCCAAGACACAGUUCCAACGGACAAGCUUGUUGUCUUGACUGGGGGUUGGAAUUUGUUAAGAAAGAGAAAUGCCGGCGAAGUAGUUCUUCGGUUGACAUAUAAAGCAUAUGUGGAAGACGAGGAAGAGGAAGGGGUAAAAGCACAAGUAGUUUCAGAGGACGAUUAUUCUGAUGCUGAUGAACCCGAUCUUAGUUACAAGCCGAUGCAAGAGGGUCCGAUUGGAGAUAAAGAUAGAGAAUCAUUCAUGGAUGUUCUUGCCGCUCUAAUCGUCAGCGAGGAAUUUCAGGGAAUCGUAACAUCUGAAACUGGAAAUUCAAAAGUUGGGGACAAUAUUGCUAGUGCAGGAACUACGGCAACUACCCCUCCAAAGCCGUCUCAAGGCCUUGCAGUUGAACUCGUGUCUGCGGUUGAUGGUGACGGAGAAAGAUCUGCGCUCCUCUGGCUGGCUGUGAUUACCAGUAUGGCGGUUGUAACUGCUCUGAAUGUCGGUGGGUCCAAUAUCUUUAAUCCCUGAAGUACCUUGCGAGGUGGCAAAUGCCGGUUUUUGGUUUUAUGGAAGCAGGCUGCGAUCUCUCUUUGAAGGAUCCGAAGAUGAUUCAUCUCGAGCCAUGGCUGUUGUGCCCUUGUUAUGCAAAUUCCAGCUGAGGUAGUAAGUUUAGUUGGUUGGGGAGUUUUUUUUGCCCAUCCCAAAUAGGGUUUCUAAACUGUAAAUCCUAACUCUUUCCCCAUUCUUUCAUGUAACCUUGGCUAGCUUUGAUAUUAUAUAUAAACCACAGGUAGUUUUUGAUGAAA